UGCACGGUCGGGCAGUCGGUCACUGGUCAGUCGGGAAACGAACAUUACCCGAGCGUGACGUAUCCAGUCUUGACUGUUAUGCUCAACCUAUUCCGCGAUCUACCUUAUCUCUUAUCACUAUAAAAAUGAUACAUCGAAUUACUUCACGAGUGCCAAGAUAAAGAACACCCUAUUCGCGAUAAAUACCUCGUCACGGAUUCAUUUUGUUAAAAUUAUAUCAUUAUUAAUACGAAAUUCAAUUAUCCUAGUAAUUAAAAAGGAUGUAGUUCAUUGAAGAGGCCGUUGAUUUUUAGUGAAAUUUGUGAUCGAAUUAAAUAAUUAAUUAAUCACAAUGUUUGUGCUAUUUCUGUUCUUCAUCGGAAUAUCCUCGGUAAGCUGUAAUCCGUGUCCAAAGGAAGAAAGUUUAAAUAUAACAAAUGGAUUGAAAUUUGAAAAUGGCUCUAUUAUUUAUGAUGGAUUGGAAUACAUCGAAACUACGUGGUAUGAAGAGGCGAUCAAUGAUGAAGUGGUUAGAUUCGGAUGUCCAUGCAUUGGACGAGUGUGCUUGUGGAAAUGCUGCGGAGCGGGCAUGAUGUUCCUCAACAAAACUUGUAAGGAGGUAGACGUAAGCGAAAGCACUGUUCAUCCUUUCAAUCCUACGGUGUAUAAAGGCAGGGAACCAUCUAACUUGACCGCGAAUCAGCACUUCUUCUACAUGUAUGGACCAUCCUGCGAAAAAUAUCUCGUAGAUUCAAAUUCGUCCGGAGAAGAAAUAUAUAUACAAGAAAAUGGGACGCUAUACGAAAUUGCUUUAAAUCGUCCACAAUGGCAUCUCCCAUUGAGAUUUUGCUUGGAUAUGAUGUUGGAUGACAGCGUGCCAAAUCCAAGGCUGGUGGCUGGCGUCUGUUACCCCGAUGACGUGUCCACCGAUGACAGCCCUGCUUUGUACAUCGCAUAUGGUAUUGGUCUAAUGCUCUCGGUACCAUUUUUAUUAGCAACCUUCCUGGUAUAUGCAUUCAUCCCUGAACUACGGAACUUACAUGGCAUGUGUCUUAUGGCGUACUGCGCGGGUCUCAUCGUGGCGUAUCCGUUUCUGGCCUACCUGAAAUUACACACUGGCGAAAUUGGCGUCGCCAUGACAGGCUGUUAUGUUGUCGCUUUCAUCAUAUACUACGCAUUCCAAACGAGUUUCUUCUGGCUGAAUAUAAUGUGCUUCGAUAUCUGGAGAACCUUUAGUGGCUAUAGAGGAGGGAGUACGAACAAACGGCGCGAGAGGCGACGUUUCGCGAUGUAUGGCGCUUAUGCCUGGGGCGUACCAGUAGCUCUUACAGCGCUCACUAUUUCUAUGCAAUUCAGUGACGUUCCUGAAAGUAUAAUCACUCCAGGUUUUGGCAGCCGACGGUGCUGGUUUGACAAUUGGCUCAGUGAACUUGUAUAUUUCUUCACCCCUGUAUUCGCGUUGGUGAUAUGUAACAGUGUGCUAUUCUCGAUAACAGCACAUCGAAUCCGAUCUAUAAGACAGGAAACCGCCAUUUUAAAAGGUGCCGAAUCUUCACGCAGUGAUAAAUUAAGAAAGGAUAAGCAAAGAUACGGUCUCUACCUAAAGCUGUUUGUUGUGAUGGGGGUGAACUGGACAAUUGAGGUGAUCAGCUUCGCAGUCGGCGGCUCCAACUGGUACUGGAUUGUUGUCGACCUCGCAAACAUCGUACUUGGCAUUUAUAUCUUCUUCAUUUUCGUUUGGAAAAACAAAGUUCGUAAUUUGAUCUCCAAAAGAUGGCGAACUAUACGAGGUAUUCCUGCAACUGAAACGAGCUUACGGAAGUGGGCGACGCGUUCCAGCUCAGCUCCCACCGAGGAUACGAGAGUGUCUUCUGUCGAAACUGCUAUUCGAUUGAAAGACAUGAACUAACAUCGAGGACGCCAUUUAUCACUUAGUAAAAACUCAGUGAAAACUUCCGAAUGAAAAGGAUUUAACCAUACCUCAGAUACAGAACACUGCUAGUCAGUAUUACAAAACGAUUUAGAAAUAAGUUUAUUAUAAAUAUUUUUAAGUACAAUCAAUGAACAAAGUAAGAAAUCAAGACGACUUAUAAGUUUUAUUUACAUUUUAAUUGUAGUGAUAAAAUACAUAAUUACUUAUACUAGACGUAGUUAUAUGUGAUUUUAGUAUUGAAUGUUAUAAUUCCCAAAUAAUGAAAAAAAAAUACGAGAUAAAUCUUUUUAUUAUUAUUAUAUGUCGUGAUGUUAAAUACAUAAAUCACAUACUAUUUAUCCCAACGAAUCGUUUUUGACCUUUUAAAAGGGAAUUAUAUUUUUAUUUUUUUACGCGUUUCGUUUAGUUAUAAGUAAUUAACAUAAAAAUCACAAUCGCGUGGGGCCGUUAUACCGCCAUUUUUUUAAACUGAAAAUUAUACCACUUUUUUGUGUAUAUAUCUGAAUAUGAAUUUCGAAUGAAAUAAAUAGCAAAAAUAAUCUCAAAGACUAUCCUUCUGUGCAUAUAAUAUUACAGUGUGUAUCGAAGUCCUCGCAUAGUCAACACUGCUCGCUCUAUAUCCCCAAACUGCUACAGGGAUAUUUUCUUAAAAAAACACAAUAUAUUUUUUAUUUCUCUGACCCUUUAAUCUUCAAUCAAUGGGCGAUGGAACUGCUGGCUUAUAAUGAACUAAACGAGACUAACAAAGCAGUUUUAUAAUAAAUACUAUGAAAAGUAUUAUAUGACAAUUUUCAGUGUUCAUGUUUUUGUUAUAGAUAUUAUAUAAUUAUAUAUAUAAAAGUUAAAAAUAUUUGUACCGCUUAAAAAUUCAGUGAUUCAUUAACGGGCUUACUGUAGCUUAUACACAGACUUAAACGUUCCAUAUUAUACCAUCAAAAAUAUUGUUAGUCAAAUUGUUUACCCAAAAUAUAUGUUUAAAAUAGAUAUUUUCUAAUAUAUGUUAGAUCGUAAAUUUAGUUGUAAUGAAUCAUGAUUGUUAAUAAAUAAGUUUUAAAUGUUUGAAAAAUAAAUGGUUUUGCUUUCAA